AGAAAGCAUUGAAAACACCGAACGCUUCCUUAUGCAGUAAAUUAAACCCAACGCUCCUCCAUGUUCAAGUUAACGUAAACAAUUGGGCGAUGUCAGCAGGGAACUUUUACUACCCGGUCCACAAACGUCAAUAUGCAAGCGACAAAAUUAUUUGUGUGAAAGUUUAAUCGAACCGCAAAUAUGGCUCUAAAGGCAUUUGAUUUAGUAUCGGUUUUAGAUCGAGCUGAACUAAAGAUUGAGUGCUUAGAAGCAAGUGGAAAAGAUCUAUACCUAGGUUCAGAUGACAGCCUUGUAGUUCAUUAUGUGGUUGAAGAGAGGACAAGUGAAUCAACUGGAAAAAUAUUUUAUUCAACCAACAAAAUAUGUCAAAAGAAUUUAGGCACGAAAAAAUCAGUUAACCAACUAAAAACUGCAUCUGCCUUGGGUCGACUGAUGGUUUUAAGUGAUGGAAAUCUCUACCUGCUUGAUGCUGAUGUUCUCAAUACAAUUGGAUCAGGGCCAAAAAUCAAGAGUGUGUCUGUCUUCUGUAUCAAUGAAAACCCAAAUACUCUUGAUCCCUUCACUGUUCAGGAAGAAUUUCUGCUUGCUGGUCCUGGUAACCUUGGUAUGUUUGUUACUGCAGCUGGCAUAUCUGAAAGACCUCCAAUUCAGUGGACAGAAGGGGUAUCAGCUGUUUCGUAUUACCAUCCAUAUAUACUCACCAUAUCCAGUCAGUUCAUCCGUAUAUAUAGUUUAAUUGAUCAACAACAUAAGCAGACACUAAACUUCUCUGGUGGACAGUUACUUGGGAACUUUGAUGGUCAGUUAUAUGUGGCAGCAAAUUCAUGUGUGUACUGCCUUAUGCCACAACCUUGGACAUCGCAAGUUCAGGCUUUAAUGGACAGUGAGAGGGUUGAGGAGGCAGUUGAGUUAGCAGAACAUAGUGGUGCAGUUGGUAUGAGUCAGGAACAGUAUCAUCAACUAUGCUUGACACUCAUGCAACGAGCUGGCUUUAUCAAGCUCUCUCAUGGCGUAUAUGAUCAAGCCAAAGAUUUCUUUCUCAGGGGUUGUGUUGAUGUCAGAGAAAUAAUCAGCUUAUACCCAGGACUUUUACCUUCUAAUGUGUCAUUUAUGCGUGCUCAACCUCCACUCCAUCAUAUUGCUGAUAUCUCCCAGACUAUGCAUGGGGACCAAACAAAAAUUGAACAAGCAAAGGAAUUUUUGCUUAAUUUCCUUAUUCAGAUGAGAAAUUCUGUGGAGCCAGUUACUUACAGAAUGGAAGUAGAUACUGCUAUCAUCAAAUUGUAUGCAGAGAUGAAGUCUCCCAGCCUAAUGACAUUUUUAAAUUCUGGAGAUAUUUUAUGCAGUUUACCAGAGUGUUCAGAGUGGCUUGAGAAACAUAAUCAGUAUUCUGCUCUAGCAAAACUACACAGAGUUUUGGGUGAUCUUGAGAAAUCCUUGGAAGUACUCACUCGCCUUGUUCGAGAAGAAAUCAAGGAUCAUCAUUUUCGAGGAAUCCAGGAUUUAGUUGACUGUCUUAUUUGUGCAAAUGAUUCAUCUGUAAUAUGGCGUUAUGCAGACUUUGUCCUGGAUCGAAAUCCUAGUCAAGGUGUAAGAAUAUUCACAGAAAGUCAAGCAACAUUAGAUCCUUCAAGAGUUUUGCAAUCAUUACAAAGGUAUCCUGAGGCAAGACUGAGUUUCCUUCAUCAUCUUAUUGAUACAAAGAAGUUGAAAGAUGAGAAAUACCAUACUGAAUUAGUUCUUCAUUACGUUGAUGAAGCUGUAAGACUUAUCAAAGAAGAUUCCUCUCCUGAAUUGUUGCAAGAGGCUCGAGAUAAAUUACAGGACCUCCUGACAUCAUCAUGCCAUUACCAACCUCAGUUGGUUUUGAAAAGACUACAAGGAACUUCAUUGCAUAUAGAAACAGCAGCUGUAUUUGGAAGACUGGGAGAACAUGAAAAAGCAUUGUCCAUGCUUGUGCAUCAGUUAAAGGACUUCACUGCUGCAGAACAGUACUGCAUUGCUCAAAGUCGAGGGUCUAGCCGCGAAAAGAAAUCUAGCAUCUUCAUCAUGCUGCUAAAGAUAUACCUAAGACCUCAACCAGGGGGUACUGAACAUGACAUUGAGCUUGCACCAGCAAUAGAACUACUUUCUGUACAUGCAGGAGACUUGGAGCUGUCUGAAGUACUUGCUAUCUUGCCAACAAGUUGGUCGUUAAGCAUUGUUCAUCAUUAUCUUCGGGCAGCUUUGAGAAACUCUGUGCAUCAGAGUCGAAUUAAAAGAAUUCAGCAGGCACUGAUAAGAAGUGAGAAUCUGCAACAAAAAUUUGUGUUACACAAACUGUAUAAAGAUAUGGGUCCUAUUCCCUUAGCAAAUAACAGAAUCUGUUGUGUGUGUAACCGUUGCUUCACAAGCUGCGAGUUCAUUAUCUAUCCGAAUGGAGUUAUGGCACAUCCGAAGUGUGCUCCAAAUGAAAAUGUGUGUCCUCUUACUGGCACAGUCUUUUAAGAAGCAACAUUUAACAGCACAAGGCCUUCAUCCCAUGAAUCAAACUUGAUGGAAAUACACACACCCUAGUGCUUAUUGGAAAUUCCAGAAACUGAGAAAAUGAAUGCUGUACUGGCUAGUGUCACAGUAAUUUAUCACUAUUUGAAUAAGAAUACCAUAUGUUCGAGUUUACAAGAAGUGAGGAUGAAAAAAUUAUGAUUUUAUUCCAAUUAUUGUUAUUAAAUUGAAUUUUAAUUAAAAAUAUUUUCUCACAAUAAAAGUAACUUGUCGUAACUUCAAGAUAAUUACAUGUUGAUGAUAAAAGUUUGCAGGUCAUUGAUAUUAUAUAAAGUAGUUAGAAAAUUGAGAUUUCCUUCUAUUCAUUAUUCAAGAGAAAAUAUUUGGUAUAUGUACUAAAUUACAGUACAGAAUACACCAUAAAAAAAGAAACUGAUUUCUUUACUUUGUAAUGUUCUGAUUGUCUGAUUUUCAUUAUACUGCAUUAAUGGUACAAUUAAAAUUAUAAAUAUUUUUAUGUUGUACAUGUUUUCAAUUGAGUUGCAGAUUUCUUAGUUUUUGUGAACAUUUGGAGAUCUGCUUGCUCUUCUAAGUUGAAAGCCUAAGGUUAAGGAAACAAUACUAAGAGGAAAUUAAAUAAUAUACCUCAUUGAUUUGAGUUUAGUGGAGGAAUUUCUUAUUUGAAAGCUCAGUUUUAUUGUAUUUCAGCCUAUAAUUUACCAAAGAGCCUCAGCAAUGUGAAACUAUACAGAAGCUAAGGAAAGUGAUAAUUAUAUUGUCCAGUGAUAUUUUGAUGAGAUAUAACUCAGUGGUCUCAUUAUACUGUACUUUAUGAUGAGACAACCACAUAAGGUUUCAAUAAACUAAAUCAGCCGAAACUUAAUUUUUAGAUUGAAGAUGCUUUGUAGCAGAAGAAAAACUGCGCCAUUAAGGAUGGCUGUUAGUAUUGCACCGACUGCAGUGGCGUGUCCUUUUUUGGUUCCUUUGUACAUUAAUUUUUGCAAAAAAGUUCCAAAGAAAGUUCCCAGUGGAGUCAUUAAUUCUAUAUCAUAAUUAAAUUUUUUAAAGAAAGGUAAGAUAAUGUCCUGUAGUCUAAGUAAAUUAUUAUAGGGAGUAUAUAUACGUAUAGGGAAAGGGAGUGCACACUUGUAUUUGUAUUAUAUUUAGGUUUUGCAAAUAAAAUUAGGGUUAAAUAUAUAA